CACCAGCCCCUCGUCUCAGUCGCGUAGGCAGACCGUCAAGACUGUGCAGGACGAUGCGCCCGUGCUCCCUCCACUAUUGCGACCCUCGUAUGCCAUCUCAUCGAUAUUCCUGACGACGACGUGCCGACAGUUCGUCCUGUUGAUCUUGACGCGCUUGGGUCUCGCGACUUUUCGCGCCGUGCACGCGUCGUGAUCCCUCCCUCGUUGCCAUUCCCACGCCCCAAUUGAUCCACCUGGACCCCGACACAUCGCGCGAUAUCCUUACACAUCAAACCCAACAUGUCUCCCAAAUCUCCCACCACCAGAAAGAACAAGGCGCGGCCGUCGCGAGGUGGACGAGCGAGUAUCGGAAGCAGGAAGGAGUCGGGCAAGAGACUUGGACAAGCAGGACCCGCUCCCGAUCGCGCGAAGAAGCGCUACAAGCCCGGCACCGUCGCCCUGCGUGAGAUCAAGCGCUACCAAAAGUCAACCGACCUGCUCCUCCUGAAGCUCCCAUUCCAGCGCCUCGUCCGCGAGAUCGCGCAAACAGUCACAACCGAAGACGGCCCCAACAGAUGGCAGAGUCAAGCCAUCGUCGCCCUCCAAGAAGCCACUGAAGCCUUCCUCGUCAACCUCUUUCACGACGCCAACCUCUGCGCCAUUCACGCCAAGCGCGUUACCAUACAGCAAAAGGAUAUUCAACUCGCGCGUCGUCUGCGAGCAGCUUGGGGCGCGCCGGUUUGAGUUGGCAAGGUUGUUUUUGGCAGAUACCCAAUCUUUACUUCUGUUGGUUACGAGUUUUGGGGAAACGGGGCGUAUCGUUGCGAUCUGGAACUCGCACGCAUAUCAGAGAGGCUGCUUUUGGGGAGCAAUUGCGAUUGGCGUUCCGUGGCGCAAGAGGUUACUCGUAUGAGGCCCGUCUUCAGGAUUCUUAUUGAUCAUCGUUUAUA